AUGUCAGCGUUGGCCGGUAAAUCUGGAGGGGACAACUAUCCGUCAACGGUGUCUCAAUUUGAACGGGUAUUCUCCUCUAGAAAUGACCAUUCUGAAAGCUUUGAGUUCCUCGAUCUCCACCAGAGUGGUAGUCACUGGGGCCUUGAGAAUCUGAAGUACUUUCGAGUCUUAGAAAAAGUUCACAGUGGGCCGUUUCUCAUCUACGAACGAAUUAUUCAAGAUGUGAGGAGGCUAUCGCCAAUUCCUCACGGGAAAAAGAUCUUCAAUCUUUGUGUGAUAUAA